AUGGCCUCGUACAGUGACAGACUGCCCGCUGGCGUAUCAUCGAGGUCCAUCGCAGUCGCAGACCUUGACCUGCACGUACUUGAAGCCGGAGACACAUCUCGACCCCUCAUUGUCCUGCUGCACGGCUUCCCGGAGCUCGCCUUCUCCUGGCGCAAGGUGAUCGUGCCCAUCGCGCAGCUAGGCUAUCGUGUCGUUGUCCCCGAUCAACGAGGCUUUGGCCGCACUCGGAGUCGUUCCAGCGCGAAUGAGCCCAUUCGCUAUGAGGACGACCUCCGUCCUUACCGUGUACUGAAUGUCGUUAGAGAUGCCGUCGCUCUCGUAUACGCGCUGGGCUAUCGCACAGUCGCUGCCGUGAUAGGACACGACCUUGGAUCGCGCAUCGCCGCGUACUGUACGCUCAUCCGUCCAGACAUCUUCCAGUCCGUCAUCAUGAUGUCCGCGCCGUUCGAUGGCCCGCCGUCUCUCCCCUUCGACGUCGAGCGGACGCAAAGCGCCCCGCCACCGAACAUCUUCAGCGCAGAGAUCAAAGCCGCUCUCGCCGCGCUGGAUCCUCCUCGAAAGCACUACGUCCCGUACCUCGCCAGCCCGCAGGCGAACUCAGACAUGAUGAACACCCCCCAGGGCCUCCACGCCUUCCUCCGUGCGUUCUUCCACACGAAGAGCGCCGACUGGCCCCACAACGAUCCUCACCCCCUCGCACCUCUCAGUCUGUCUGAGCUGGCACAGUUACCUCCUUAUUACAUGAUGCCGCUCGCCGCGACCAUGCCCGAGGCCGUGGCGCCGCAUGCGCCUUCGCGCGAAGAGGUCGAACACAACCAGUGGUUAUCAAACGGCGACCUCGCUGUGUAUGUCGCGGAGUAUGGUCGCACGGGAUUCCAGGGCGGGCUGAACUGGUAUCGCGGCGCCCAGCCCGAGCUAUACGAGGAGUUGGCCGUCUUCGAGGGGAGAAAGAUUGAGUGCCCAGCGAUGUUUCUAUCGGGCAGGAAGGACUGGGGCGUGUUCCAAGCCCCUGGUGCAUUGCAGAGGAUGAAGAACGACGCCUGUGCGCGAUUGGAAGACGAGGACAUUGUUCUUGUUGACGGAGCGGGACACUGGGUGCAGCAGGAGCAGCCCGAGGAACUCGUCAAACAUGUUGAGCGGUUCCUGGAGAAGGUAACGCCGUGA